CCGCCGCUGCUGCUGGCUCCGCGCCGUCCUGCCGAUAUGAAUUACUCUCGAUUCAUCACCACUGUGAGUGCAGCAAGAAAAGCAUCUCCGAUAAGACUUCUGACUGAAUUGAUGCAGAAGUCUCCUCCAUCUCUCAUCUCUCUGGCUGGAGGGGCACCAAACCCUAAUGUUUUUCCGUUUAAGAGGGCCACUGUUGCCGUUGGACAUGGAACUGCUGUUGAGAUUGGCGAAGAUCUGAUGAAGAGAGCUCUCCAGUACUCAGCCUCAGCAGGGAUUCCAGAGCUGUUGUCUUGGCUAAAGGAUUUCCAGCGGAAUCUACAUAAUCCCCCCACAGCCAACUACAGUCCUGAGCAAGGACAAAUGGAAGUGUGUGUCACAACCGGCAGCCAGGAAGGCUUGUGUAAAGUGUUUGAAAUGCUCAUUAAUCCUGGGGACAACAUCCUUUUGGAUGCACCUACAUACUCUGGGACACUAGCAGCUCUGAGACCUUUGGGUUGUAACAUAAUUAAUGUUCCUAGUGACCAACAUGGCAUUAUUCCAAAAGCUCUAAAAGAAAUUCUAUCUACGUGGAGCUCAGAAGAUGUAAAAAAUCGUAGCCGCCACCUCCCCAAAUUCCUCUACACUAUUCCAAAUGGCUGCAACCCAACUGGAAACUCUCUGACCACAGAGCGCAAGAAGGAGAUUUACCAGCUUGCAAGAAAAUAUGAUUUCCUCAUAAUAGAAGAUGAUCCUUACUACUUUCUUCAGUUUGAAAAGCCAUGGGCUCCAACUUUCCUCUCAAUGGAUGUGGAUGGCCGAGUUAUCAGGACUGACUCUUUCUCUAAAAUUCUCUCAUCUGGGUUAAGAAUAGGUUUUCUGACAGGUCCCAAGCCUCUUAUCGACAGAGUUGUUCUACACAUUCAGGUUUCAACAAUGCACACCAGCACUUUCACACAGAUUAUGAUAUCACAGCUGCUUCAGCAAUGGGGAGAAAGGGGCUUUUUGGAGCAUAUAGACAGAGUGGUGGAGUUCUACAGGACCCAGCGGGAUGCAAUGCUUAUUGCUGCUGACAAGUGGUUAAAAGACUUGGCAGAAUGGUACCCUCCUGCUGCUGGCAUGUUCUUAUGGAUCAAAAUUAAGGGUGUUUCUGAUACACAGCAGCUGAUCAUGGAAAAAGCUCUGCAGAAAGAAGUGUUACUGGUUCCUGGAGGAGCAUUCAAUAUCGAUAGUUCAGAGCCUAGUUCUUAUGUCAGAGCCUCCUUCUCUCUGUCUUCUCCAGCCCAGAUGGAUCUGGCCUUCAAGAGACUGGCUGACCUUAUAAAAGAAGCUUUGUGAAAAAGCUAAAUGGAGCUCUUGCAGCAAUCAAAAUUGUCUCCAGAAAAUAUUUAUUAACAUUUUGAUUUCAUCAGAACACUUUGAAAGUGAGCACAAUACAGUGGAUGUUUCCUUAGAUUGUUUCAGCUAAAAAAAGCCAAAAAUGAAAGAUCGAAAACCAAUUUGCUUAAUUUUUUUGGUGGGAUAUUGCAUGACUAAAUUUAUUCCAAUUCAGAAACAUUUAAAAUACUCAAAACCAAAAUGUUCUGUUUCCCGUCAAAUCCAUGGUUUUGUUAGAUUUGAAUUGAUUUUUAUUCUGGCUUUUGUUCUCCAUUUGGGUUGGGAAACAGGGAAAUCAGUUAUUUAAGAAGUUGCACUGCAGAUGAUCUUAGCCAUUAUUACUUAAUCUCAGCUGAUCCAUUCCUCUAACACCUUAUGUUGGGAUUGUUUUUGUGUGUCACUUUCCUUCUUGUCCUGCUGUAUGGCAUCUGGUUUUGCAGAUUCAAAGAUCAGUAUUUAAUUUUACUAAAGUUAUGUCAGAUCAAACUGAUGUAAGGGUGUUAAAAAAUUGAAACUGAUCCAGCAAAAUUAGGCUAUGAUUACAAAUAGAACUAUUUGGCCUAAGGUCCCUUGCAAUUUGCGUGGGUUUUGCAGCUCAUUCUCUAACUCAUAAAAGGUUUUCUGAUUGCUGACUUCCACUUCAGUCUGUGAAUAAUUACUCUGUACCUGUGUAUGUUAGAAAAUCUCUGAUAUGCAAAGGCAUGUGGAUGUGUAAUAGAACUGCUCUCUGCUCUGUUAAUCAGAUGUGGUUUUGAACAGAGAGCAUAAGUAACUGAACAGGGGACAUAGUGGAAUGGACAAUACCGUGACACUGCCAGAUGUACAAAGCAAGCAAAAUGAAAAAAUAA